UCACAGAAAUUCCAAUCAUUCCAGAAGAGCCGGCCACACCUCACCCCCCAAUCUGCCCAGACCCCAGAAUAGAAUCCAAGGGACAAUUUCUGCUUGAACCAUAAUCUACGGCUUACAUUCUUCCAUAAGACGAUCAAACGGAUCAGACAUUCCAAAGUUCUCUCUCUCUCUCUCUCAAUACUAUUUAACGGCUGCUUCAGUCAUUUGCAUGUACAAGUCAAUAGUGUACUUGGAUUGGAAGCAGUUUGCAGAGAGAGAGAGAGAGAGAGAGAGAGAGAGGCGCGAAAAUGGAGAGGGAGAGAGAAAGGCAUGUCUACAUGGCGAGGCUUGCAGAACAAGCCGAGAGAUAUGAUGAGAUGGUUGAAUCAAUGAAGCAGGUUGCUAGGUUGGAUGUGGAACUGACAGUAGAGGAGAGGAAUCUGGUUUCUGUUGGGUAUAAGAAUGUGAUUGGGGCAAGGAGGGCAUCAUGGAGGAUAUUGUCUUCCAUUGAACAGAAGGAGGAGUCUAGGGGGAAUGAGCAGAAUGUGAAGAGGAUAAGGGAUUACAGGCACAAGGUUGAAGAUGAGCUUUCAAGGAUCUCUAAUGACAUCUUGACCAUCAUUGAUGACCAUCUCCUCCGAUCCUCCUCUGCAGGAGAAUCGAUUGUCUUCUACCAUAAGAUGAAGGGAGACUACUACCGGUACCUAGCUGAAUUUAAAACUGGGGUUGAUCGUAAGGAGGCUGCAGAUCAGUCACUCAAGGCUUACCAGGCUGCCACUAAUAUUGCUGCAACAGAUCUGCCACCAACUCAUCCAAUUAGGCUUGGCCUGGCCUUGAAUUUCUCUGUCUUUUACUAUGAGAUAUUGAAUUCCCCUGAGAGGGCAUGCCAUCUGGCAAAACAAGCAUUUGAUGACGCAAUUGCAGAACUUGAUAACCUCAGUGAGGAAUCCUACAAGGAUAGCACCCUUAUAAUGCAGCUCCUUAGGGAUAACCUCACAUUAUGGACUUCAGAUUUGCCAGAGGAAGGAGGGGAGCAGUCCAAAAGUGUUGAACCUGAAGCAGCAGAGCCCACCCAUCAUUGCGGGCAAAGUUAAUCAUGUUGGAGGAAUUGUGGACAAAUUGGUACGUGUGGAUGAAAAAAGUGGGUGAACUUCAUCUCCUCCUCUGAAGAGUGWCCUCGUAGGAGUCUAGAGCCUGCCCUUCUGCAGGUUUUGAACCCGCAGGUCACGCAUUGUAUUUGCAUGGAUGGUGCACUCCCAUUGGGGAUCCAACAAUGGACCCUGCUCUGUUCAUAAAUAACCAGCAGAUCCUGACUCUCCUCAAAUGGAGGAUGCUUAGCGACCAACCGAUCCCAUGAACAAAUGUAUGGAAUGUGUUUAAGAUAUGGAAUUUAUAGAUCUAUAAUAACAUUAAGAGCUCAAGACAAUUAUUUUCUAAUAUCUGGUUGUGUUAGGAAUCUUCUCUCCUCUUGUAAGAUCAACCCUAUUCUAAAUUUGUAAUAGCCUCGUUUUGCAAUGGAUAUUUUUCAAGCAUGCCCAUUAA